AAUUUCCCCCCUCUGCGGAACAACUCUUCCUCGCAACACCCUUGGAAAUUUCAACAUCUUCAUAGGCGGCUGCUAGCUAUAUUGAAGACAUUUUUUUCUUCUCGGGAACAGAUCUUGUCUACGGUUCUGUCUGAACGGCUAACAGAGUAUACCGACUACGGAUCCAUAUCCCCUGACACUGUUCCGACCGCUGUUCCAUUAUUUCACCGAUCUUGAGAAUUCGUGGUCCACGCGUUAAAGUCGUCGGAAUAUUGACAGGGCUGUCUCGCGACCGCUUGGGAUGGUCCGCGCCGGCUAAAUACAGUCGAAAUUGGACAGACAAUGUUCACUUCAAGUCACAAUCCCGGGCCCAAGCUCGGGUCGGGAAACAACAGUCGACCGUCGAGCAAGGAUGGCCCGAAGAAGAAUAUCUGGUCUUCUAUGUUAGAUAGCGUCGCCAACGGAAAGCGCUUACCGGAAAAGAAUCUUCUCAUCCUAGGAGGUACCCCCGAGAGCCAAAGAGAGUUUUUAGACACACUGUCUGCCGACACAUCAGACCCCAACCUGUCAAAUGACCGGCGGAAGGGAAGGGUACCCCCGGUUGCCAAUCAGUUCGCUUUGGGUUAUACCUACCAAGAUGUUCUAGAUGCUGACCAAGAAGAUACUUUGGCACGUGUCUCUGCCUAUCUACUCUCCGAACCCUCUCUAUCUUUUGCGCCCCUUCUCAAACCGCUUUUGACCGCCCAAUCUGUCCCGGAGACGCUGGUCGUGAUCCUGCUAGACUGGUCAGACCCUUGGACAUGGGUCCGGCGGCUAAGGGAAUGGGUCCGCCUUUUGCGACAUGUACUCAUUUCUCUAGAUGAUGAGACGAAAAUCGUGAUGGAAGAAACUAUGACAGAGUGGAGGGAUCGAAAGAGGGGCAUGGAUCCCAGUUCAACAGGGGCACAAGGGCUGACCAGCUCGGGUGGUCCGGUCACGAUACCUUUGGGGCCCGGCGAAUGGGACGAGGGGCUAGGAAUUCCUAUGUGUGUGGUCUGUCAGGGAGCUGAUAAGAUCGAGAAACUGGAGAAGGACCAUGGCUGGCACGAGGAGGAAUUCGAUUUCAUUCUCCAGUUCAUGAGAACGAUUCUUCUUAAACAUGGCGCAUCACUUAUCUAUACGACACCUUUUCUAGCCAACUCGCUUCAGAGCUUAUUACAUUCGUCGCUCGGUAUACACUCGCUCCUGAAGAGACAGUCCCUCAAACACAACGUGAUUGAUCGCGAUAAGAUCCUAGUACCUUCAAACUGGGACUCCUGGGGAAAGAUUCGAAUUAUUAGGGAGGGAUUUGAUAUGGAAGGAGUAUCAACAGCAUGGUCGAUUGAGAUUCAAGAUCCGCCAGAACCGCUCUCUGGUUCGCCAAUAGAUGAUGAUAAGCCUCAAGGCGAAAAUGCAGCCGGUCUGGAUGAUGGAACAAGCGCCGUGGCUAUCUUCGAACAAACGAUCAAAGACCCCAAACGAGACGCAUCCAUCACACAUCCUGGUAGUCAAUAUAGCAAAAACAAGGUUGAGGUCGACACAUCCGACAUGCAAAGCUUCCUGACAAAACAGUUGGAGGUCCUAGAACAGUUAAAAAUUGAAGACGAGAAGGAUCGCACAGCUAAACCAGUGCCCCAGCUUGAGAUGUCACCGCUAGAUGAUAAUGGCCGAGUGAAUGAGCACAUCGGGCCUGUCCAAUUCAAUAUGGGCGGCAUUCAGGUGGAUGCUGAUGAUAUGCUAAGGAAACUUAAGGAGAGAGAGGCCAAUCGAUCCCAGAGGAAGGAUACCCUUUCGGCACCCUCUGGAGAGAAAUCGCACAACCAAGCUCUGGCAAACUUCUUUGCAGGCUUGGUCAAGAAGCCUGGCGGAAGCCCUCGCGGGAGUCCGUCGGCAUAGUCUCGUGCUUUUCGGUUGAUGUUUUUUGGAUUGUACUUUUAUUUACCCUCGCGCACCGUACAUACUCCAGGCAUCGAGGAUAUCGGCUUAGCGACACUCAUUGUCAUUGUUUUUUGAUACCGGAAUGGCUUUAGGCUGGGUUAGGAGUCGGAGAGGCGGCGGCGGAUUACCCAUAAGACUAUUUUCCUUGAUCCCCUUUGAACUAUCUGUAUUUCAAUUGGAUGAUAUAUCCUCUACAGCUACAAAACAUUAAUGGGAAUUGCCCGAUUUACUGGAUGAA